UUCAUUUACAACUUUGGUGGGCUGCUCUGAUUUAACAGCAGGCUGGCUUUAUCGGGGCAUGGGCACAAGUGACCUAACACUGCAAACAAAAUGCUGCUUCUAGCUUCAGCUUUUUUUCUGACACUACUGCAGUGCUCUAAUGCCCAAAACGAAACAAGCAUUACCCCUGCAGACUGUAACACCAUUGAAACAGAUGCAGGAGUGGCCCUGGAUUUGGUCAACAGACAUCGCAGAGAUGGCUAUGUUUUCGGUUUAUUCCGUGUUGCUGAUGCACAUGAACUACAUUUAGGAAAUUCAUCAGUCCUCUACCUAACUUUGGAUGUGCUGGAAACGGAAUGCUCUGUCUUAUCCAGAAGACACUGGGAAUCUUGUGAAUACAGUGACACCUAUCCAAUGGACUUUGGGCAAUGUAAGAUUAUCACAUAUACAAACCAUCUGCUGAAGAAACCUCAACUAUAUGGAUUUAAUUGUACAUUUAGUCCAGUUCCACCUGACUUAGUAGAGUGCAAAGAUUGUCCUGUGAAACUUGAAGCCUUAGAAGUUACUGAGCAACAUAAAGAUAUCGCUGCAAAGGCCCUGAAGAAAUUCAACAGUGAAGGUAACCACACAAACAACUUUGCUGUGGAUAAAGUUGAAAGAAUUUUAAGGAUGACUGCCUCCCGUGAAGGUCACAUUUUAGGAUUCUCUAUAAAAGAGACCAACUGCUCCAAAUCUAUGCAGCAAGCAGAUCAAGCAUUGGAAUGUGAUUUUCUGCAUGACUGGCAUGCUCACACCGGAUUCUGCAAAGCAAGAAUUAUCAGUGAUGCAGAUGAAACAGAUGGAACAGAUAUAAGCUGUGAAAUCUACCAUCCCUGGCACCAUGGCUGUGGGCGAAGAGGCAAAUAUUCAGGUCUGGGACAUCCACACAGACAUCCCCAUUGUCAUCAUCAUUUUGGUCACAGACAUCAACAUAAGCAUCACCACAGACAUGAAUGUCCCCCCUCUUCUCAGUCCAGACCUGAACACCCUGAGCAUAACCCCAAAUACAGCAAGGAAGAUCAAGACAGCAAUGAAGAACUUGCUAUUUCUUCUCCCCCUCCUCCCCACGAUGAACCAGAUCGCCACCACCCUCCCCACCACCAUGGACCACCCUGUCCUCCUCCUCAUGGACCAGAUCACCAUCACCCUCCCCACCACCAUGGACCACCCUGUCCUCCUCCUCAUGGACCAGAUCACCAUCACCCUCCCCACCACCAUGGACCACCCUGUCCUCCUCCUCAUGGACCAGAUCACCAUCACCCUCCCCACCACCAUGGACCACCCUGUCCUCCUCCUCAUGGACCAGAUCACCAUCACCCUCCCCACCACCAUGGACCACCCUGUCCUCCUCCUCAUGGACCAGAUCACCACCACCCUCCCCACCACCACGGACCACCCUGUCCUCCUCCUCAUGGACCAGAUCACCACCACGGACCACCCUGUCCUCCUCCUCAUGGACCAGAUCACCACCACCUUCCCCACCAUCACAGACCACCCUGUCCUCCUCCUCAUGGACCAGAUCACCACCACCCUCCCCACCACCACGGACCACGCUGUCCCCCUCCUCCAGGACACCCUCCUCAUCACUGUCAUCACUAUCACAGAUAUCAUCACAACAAGACAAGCAUAUCAGGAAAGUAUUUUCCAUGCCACAUAACAGGAACUGUCUAUCGCAUCCCAGUUCUCAAUCAGCAGGAUUCUCUCACACCUCCCACUGCAAACUUUCCUGAGCUAUCCCAAUGCAACCUUUACUUCUCCAGCACUGGUGAAGGUAUUCUCUUCACUGGCUCAAGACUAAAGGAGGCAGCAGAAGCUCCAGGCUUUCCAGAUCACCCUACACAAUCAAAAUCAUGCCCCGGAAAACCCAAACUUGACCUUCCAAAAAUUUUGUCUUUAUUUCCACAUAGCUUUGUAAAAGAAAAUUCUCCUCUGUGACCUCAGAGAAAGAUGUUCCUGGUUCAAGAGUUUCAGGGGCAAUCACAGUCCUACAAUUAAGGAAAACAGCACAUGGAGAAGGGGGAAAAGCAUUCAAUUUCUAGGGAGGAGAAUCACUGAAAAAAAUCAUUAAGAAUUUCAACCUGCUUCUUCAUCCUGGCUAUCUCAGGCUCCACUGUAACUGAAAGGCUCAAAACUCUUAGUCCCUCAGGUAAUGUGAAUGGCUAAAAAUCUCCCCAGAAAACAAUGCUCCUUCAGUUCUAACAAAAAGGAAAAUUCCCUAAUGGUGAAAAUUGCCAUCUAAAAUCUUUCAUUUUUUCAUCAUUCAUAAUUAUAACAUACUUCUCCAAGGAAUCUGACCUAGAGGAAAUUUGACUGCUUUCCAUAAAAAGUAAUCCAUGACACUACAUUCAUGCUUCAUACAGAUUUAAAGAAAAUAAGAACAUGCAAGCAUUUUUUUCUUGA